AUGGCCGGCACGGUUCUGAUCGUCGUGUCCGCGGCCUUUCUCGCGCUGCUCGCCCAAACGGCUAGCGGGCAGGAAACGGUGUACAGUUUAACGUUUAGCGAAGCAUCCACGGUGGUCAGCGUGGAUUUGCAGUCCCGGGAACUGCGAGUCACGCUGGCCGACCGCUUAGUGCAGCAGGUGCAACUGAGCGGGAACCUGGACACGACGGCUCAGUACACCGAAACGGAAACCGGGUUCACGCUGACCACCAACGACGGCACGGUGCUAGAGCUGACGAAGGACUUCGAUCAAGCCACGUACUCCCAGUUCUCCGUGAUACGCAACAACGUGCCACGUGCGGUGGAGCUUGUCGACUGCGUCAAUCUGCUCAACACGCACUGGUACGGUGGUCCACAGCAGAAGCGCCAGUACUGGCCGGUGCAAAAGCUGCGCUUCAACCGCUACAGCAUGCUCUCGAAGGAGGCGGACAACAGUGCGGUCGGCGAUCGGUACUGGCUGAACGCGCUCGGAUCCUUCCUGUACGUCGACGAGACGGCUCCCCUGUUUGCCGAUCAGAACUACGGCCAGCCCGGCUACCUGUGCCUGGAGACACGCGCCAUCCUGCCGUACGAUACGCACGGACCGGACUACGACUUCCGGUACACGAUCGGCGUGGCGGCGGAUGCGCGCGAGGUGCAUAUGGGUGCGGUACGGAACAUCCUCGGCAAACCGUCGGGCCACCCGGCCGAAUCGAUGGUGGCCGACCCGAUCUGGUCGACCUGGGCCCGCUACAAGCGCGACGUCGACGAUACGGUGGUGCAGGAGUUCGCGAGCGAAAUCAUCGCCAACGGGUUCGGCGGCCAGUACGAGCUGGACGACUUCUGGGAGCAGUGCUACGGGUCGCUCACGUUCAACCGGACCAAGUUCCCUAACAUCCGUAACACGAUUGCGGCCAUCAAGGCACGCGGGUUCGACCGUGUUACCCUGUGGAUCCAUCCGUUCAUCAACAAGGGCUGCGAACCGUGGUACUCGGACGCCCGGCGUCGCGGUUACCUGGUGGCCGACUGGACCGGCAGCACCGACACCGAGUGGUGGAACAGUGCGACCGGCCAGGCAGCGUACAUCGACUUCACCAAGGCGGAGGUGCGCGAGUGGUUCACCAGCCGGCUGCAGGCCAUCCUCGACGAGUCCGGCAUCGACAGCUUCAAGUUUGACGCCGGCGAAACCAGCUGGUCCCCGCCGGAUCCGGUGUUCAAUGGGCCACUUAAACGGCGCCCGAUACAGAUCGUCGGCGACUACCUGCGGACGGUGGCGCAGUUCGGUGAGCUAGUCGAGAUCCGGUCGACCCAAGCCACCCAGGAGCUGCCGGUGUUUGUGCGCAUGAUCGACAAGGACUCGAACUGGGGCUGGAACAACGGGUUACCGACGCUCAUCACCACAUUGCUGCAGCUCAACAUGGUCGGCUACCCGCUGGUCCUGCCGGACAUGGUCGGUGGCAACGGGUACGACAACCAGCCGCCAACCAAGGAGAUGUUCAUCCGCUGGCUGCAGGCGAACGUCUUCAUGCCCAGCAUCCAAUACUCGUACGUACCGUGGGACUUUGACGCCGAGACGAUCACCAUCGCCCUGGCCAUGACCCAGCUGCACCGUACGAUGACGUCCUCCAUCAUGGAUCGGUUUGCGCUGGCCGUCUCCGAAGGGUUACCGGUCAAUCCGCCACUCUGGUGGAUCGAUCCAACCGACACAACGGCCCAACAGAUAAACGAUCAAUACCUCCUCGGUGAUGACAUCAUUGCUGCACCGGUGACCGUGGAGAAUGCUCGGGCACGAGAUAUUUACCUUCCGAGCGGCUCGUGGGUGGACGGGAACACUGGAGCGACACAUACCGGUCCGAAGUGGCUACGGAACUACGCCGUCCCUUUGUCGAUGGUGCCGUACUUUGUCAGGAGCUAGCAAUGGCGUGAUGCCGGUUUGAAUUUGUGAGGCCAUUUCAGGUCCAUUCGCCACUUUCCGUAUCUACCCGUGCUGGCAAAGGUUGCGCGAAACGUUCACACUCUAUAGUUUGAAAAAUUAUUUUUAAACAUUUUGAUGAAUACGAGUUGAUACUAAUAAAUCGUCAUCUCUUCUU